AUGAAGCAAUAUGUAAACGUUGCUGCGAGUGCCGAUCGCUCCUCGCGCGCGGCCCUCGCCGUUCCUCCAGCGUCUUCCGCCAACCAUCUUAGCAGCUCUCAACUACUCGUCGACCAACCGUCGUCUCAGUCCUUCUCAACCUUCGCAAUGGCUCGCUUCUUCGCUGCUCUCCUGGCCGCCGUCGCCAUGUUCCAGGUCGGCUCUGCCGCUCCUUACUCGUUCCCCAACGGCACUGCCCCUGCUGCCCCUGCCGCCCCGACUUCCACCGGUAUCGUGAACAACACGAUUGCCAACGAGGUCCUCAAGCGCCGGCUCCGAGACUUCCCCAUUGCUCUUGCCCGACCUUAA